ACAUGUAAAAAAGCAGGCUCACCGCCAAGGCACCGACUCGGCCGAGGUCUCGCGAAUGAGACGCUUCUUCGCUAAGACCCGCGCCUCUGCUGCACUCCUCGCCGUCGCGGCCGCCGCUGCCGGAGCCGGACCCGCCUUAUCCGAUGAAUCCCCCUCUCGCACUUCCUCGACGACCAUUUCGAUUUCAACGCCGCUUCGCUGGUGGAUGAUGCAGCGGAUGAAUCUUGUUCCUCAAGAACUCGCUUUUCCAUCUCUCGGAGGGUUAUCUCUGAUAAACCAUUCUGUAGCUAGUGCAACUCCACCUACUGAUUUCAAUGAAGAGGUUUCUGGGAGCAAGGGAGAUGAUUCGAGGUGCUGCCCUUGGUGCUUGGGCAGGAAUUCGAUUGCUGUUGCUGCCGAGGCCGCAGCAUCUGCUGUUGUUAACAUCUCGGUUACCCAGAGUAUUAAUGGAAUGAUGAUUGCAAAGGGCAUAGGAUCAGGGACUAUCAUUGAUCCUGAUGGAACUAUAUUGACCUGUGCUCAUAUUGUCUUGGAUUUCCUAAACCAGAGAUCAAUUACUACAGGAAAGGUUGAGGUAACUUUACGGGAUGGUCGAAAAUUUGAUGGUGUUGUUGUCAAUGCUGAUUUUCAUUCAGACAUCGCAGUUGUGAAGAUUACAUCUAAAACUCCUUUAGCAGCGGCAAAACUUGGGUUGUCGAAAAGGCUACGCCCAGGAGAUUGGGUGGUUGCCUUAGGUUGCCCACUUUCUCUGCAAAAUACUAUUACUGCCGGCAUAGUAAGCUCUGUUGAUAGAAAGAGCAGUGACUUGGGGCUGCUAGGUGUUGAAAGGGAGUAUUUGCAGACUGAUUGUGCAAUCAAUCAGGGCAACUCUGGUGGACCACUUGUGAAUCUUGAUGGAGAGGUUAUUGGUAUAAAUAUUAUGAAGGUUGCAAAUGCUGAUGGAUUGAGCUUUGCUGUGCCAAUUGACUCAGCUGCAAAAAUAAUGGAGCAGUUCAAGAAGAAUGGAAGAGUAGUCCGACCUUGGCUUGGAGUGAAGCUCCUUGAUCUUACUGAGAAGAACAUCACUCAUCUUAAAGAAAAAGAUGGCUCUUUUCCUGAUGUUAGAAAUGGAGUGCUUGUGGUUGUGGUAACUCCAGGAUCCCCAGCUGAUCAAGCUGGGUUUUCCCCAGGUGAUAUCAUCAUCGAAUUCAAUGGGAAGCCUGUUGGAAGCAUCAAAGAGAUCAUUGAUGUCAUGGGGGACAAGGUCGGGACACCAUUUACGGUUCUCGUUAAGAGGGCAAACAACAAACUGGUCUCUCUGCACGUCACACCGGCAGAGAUGAAACCUGAUAGAUGAAUACUUGAAAAAAAAAAUUUUUGAUAGUCAACUAGAACUAUGGGCGGAAAUAUUUGUCAAGAAGAGGUUUGGCUCUUUUAUUGGACUGGAUUAGUGCUUUUCCGUGGUGCUGUGUUUUUUACUCACUCUGUGCACCGAGUGAAAGCGGAUGAGUGGAAACAUUUUGAUGCUUAUAGAAAUACAUUGUCUGGAUAUGAAAGCUAAUUUGUCAAUAAGAGAACAAGAUGCUUCUUAGAA